UCUCUCUCUGUAGAAGCACGACUUCUUCCCUAACUUCGAAGCGCAAACCCUAAUAAAUCAUCUACUCUACCACAGACAAAGCGUCAAUCUUUCAACAAAACUCAGCUGAUUCUCCGCCAUGGAUUCUUCCUCUAAAAGUUGGAGCAUCUAUAGCCGCUCAGAGAUUACUCAACGUUACGAAAUCCUCGAACAAAUCGGUUCUGGGGCUUACUCUGAUGUGUACAGAGCUCGUCGACGCUCUGACAACCUAAUCGUUGCUCUGAAAGAAGUUCAUGAUUACCAGAGCGCUUUCAGAGAGAUCGAAGCCCUUCAAAUCCUCAAGAAUUCACCCAACAUUAUCGUCCUCCAUGAGUAUUUUUGGCGGGAAGACGAAGAUGCGGUUCUUGUUCUUGAAUACCUUAGAACUGAUCUCACGUCGGUGAUGAGAGAAGCUAAAAGGAACUGGGAAAACGGAAUAUCCGUCGGUGAGACAAAACGCUGGAUGAUUCAGAUGUUGCUUGGCAUCGAUGCUUGCCACAGGAAUGCGAUCGUUCAUCGAGAUCUCAAGCCCUCGAAUUUGUUGAUUUCUUCCGAUGGUGUUCUCAAAUUAGCGGAUUUUGGACAGUCAAGGAUACUUCUGGAGCCUGGGUUUGCUGCUGUGGAAGAUCAUCCAGAUGGGCAAAAUAUUCUUGAUCAGACAUGGCCGCCUCAACAACCUGAAUUUAUUCGAGAAGCAGAGAAUUCAUACAUGGAAGGUUCUCAUAACCAAGAGCAAAUGACUACGAUUAAAACCGAAUCAUCAAGAGAAGUAGAUGACCUCACAGCUAAGGAUGAAGCUGAUAAAGAGAGUAUUUUUCAUGAUGACACGUCUUGUCUCGCUACAUGCACCACAAUUGACAUGGAAGAGGAUCUUCUCAAGGGUUCUUAUUCCCAUGACGAUGAGGAUGGAGAAGAUGGAUCAGGUGUCCUGACAUCUUGUGUUGGAACUCGAUGGUUCAGGGCCCCUGAACUACUCUAUGGAUCUACAGCCUAUGGGCAAGAGAUCGAUCUGUGGUCAUUGGGCUGUACUUUUGCCGAGCUUCUCAAUUUAGAGCCUCUUUUCCCUGGAACAUCAGACAUUGAUCAACUUGGAAGGAUCAUGAAUGUUUUAGGAAACUUAAAUGAGGAAACUUGGAAAGGUUGUUCAAGACUUCCUGAUUAUGGAAAAAUAUCCUUCAGUAAGAUCGAAAAUCCGCUUUCUUUGGAAACAUGCCUUCCAAAAUGUUCCUCUGAUGAAAUUUACAUUGUGAAGAGACUUGUUUGUUAUGACCCAGGGAGCAGAGCUACCGCAAUGGAAUUGCUCAAUGACAGUUACUUCAAUGAAGAACCUCUACCAGUUCCUGUAAACGAGCUAAGGAUUCCAUCUACAAAUAGUGGGCCAGAUGAAAGCUCCCCUGGGGUAUGGCAUGACUACAAGGACAUGGAUUCAGAUUCUGAUUUUGAUUAAUAAAGCAUGGUGGAUGUUUCUACCACUGUUACUGGGUUCUCCUUCCGAUUCUCUUAAGCAUAGAGUUCAACCUCCGGAUGUUAAACAUACAGUCUGCAUCAACGAUUGGUCCUUAUUGUAUCAGUAAUUGAAUAUACAAAAUUUUCAAUUGGUAUUUAUGUCUGUGUGCUAUUAACUGUAUUUUUGUAUCUGAAACAAUUCUUCUACUUCUGUUGAAACUACUGGAUUGUAAAGCGGACAAAAUAUCUCAGUUUGUGAUUAUCUUCAGAUUAUUGAAGUGCCAACAAAUCUAGACUUAUGAA